AUGCCGGAGUUUAGAGGGGCAGUUUCAGAUAACUGGUUCAGAUAUUUAUCGGAGGUGGUUUUACAGAGGCACAGUUUCGAAUCAGAUUUCAGGGAUUUCAAAGAAGGACGGAUAUUCUAUAGGACUGAAGCAAAUUUGGUAGAUGAAAUUGUUGAGCAUGUUUCUAAGAAGUUGGUGCACAAAACACCACUACAUGUCGCUGAUCACCCUAUUGGGCUCGAUUCCGGGGUUGCUGAUGUGAUGAGACUCCUAAAUGUUCAUUGUAAUGAUGUUCGGAUGAUUGCAAUCCGCGGCAUGGGUGGCAUUGGCAAGACCACUCUUGCCAAGGAAGUUUUCAACCGUAUAAAAUCUAGGUUCAGAAGCAGCUGCUUCCUCUCAGAUAUUAGAGAAGAAUCACGAACAAAUGCUGGAGUUGUCACCUUGCAGAAACAUCUUCUCAAGGAUCUGUUUAAUGAAGAAGAUACAAACAUACAUGUUGUUGAUAAAGGCAUCAAUGUUAUUAAGAGUAGAAUUGGUUUUAAGAAAACACUUGUGGUAUUGGAUGAUGUCAGUGACCACAAGCAGCUUGAAAAAUUAGUUGGUGAAAGUGAUUGGCACUGUCGAGGAAGUCGGAUCAUCAUCACCACCAGGGAUGAGCAUGUAUUGAAUGUGCGUAAUAGAGUACAUAAUCAUCAUAUCUACAAGCUUGAGGGAUUGAAUAACACACAAUCUCUUCAACUUUUCAGUUGGCAUGCAUUUGGGUUGUGGUAUCCACUCUUGAUGGGCCCCUUGGCUCUUGAAGUGUUGGGAAGUUACUUAUGUGACAAGAAAACUAUUCAAGAAUGGGAAGAUACAGUAACUGAGUUGAAAAAAAUUCCAAAAGAAGAUAUCAUGCAAAAGCUUAAAAUAAGUUAUGAUGAUUUGAAUGAAAAAGAGAAGAAAAUAUUUCUCGACAUUGUAUGCUUCUUCAUUGGAGAGAACAAAGAUUAUACAAUCGAUAUAUGGAAAGGUUGUGGACUCCCUGCUUCAAUUUCCAUAAACAGGCCCUUGCAAAGGUGUCUUAUAAAAAUUGAUGGUGGGAAUUGCUUGCGGAUGCAUGACCAAAUCCGUGCUAUGGGCAGAUGUAUUGUUGAACUAGAAAAUCUCGAUGAUCCUGGAAGCCGUAGUAGGUUGUGGGAUCAAGAUGAAAUCUUUGAUAUGUUGAAGAAUCACAAGGGAACUAGUAAAGUUCGAAGCCUAAUGCUCAAGGGGAACGGACAGGAGCAGAGUUUGGAAACCGAAGCAUUUAAAUCUAUGACCAAUCUGAAGCUACUUAGCAUCAGUGACACAUGUCUUAUUGGAAGUUUGAAAUAUCUUUCAUCAGAAUUGAUGUGGCUAAAAUGGCUACGAUUUCCUUUGCGGUCCCUCCCUGAUGAUUUUAGGCCUGAAAAUCUUAUUCACCUUGACUUGUCAAAAAGUGAUGCUGUCUUUGACUUGUCAAAUGGCAACAACAAGCAGCUUUUCCCAAAAUUGAAGAUUCUUAAACUCACAAGUUGCGGUAACUUGGAGAGAAUUCCCAAUUGUUCUCUAUACCCAAACUUGGAGAUACUGAUUCUUGAAUUUUGCUCGAAGUUGGUUGAGGUUCCUGAUUCCAUAGGUGUUCUAAGGAAUUUAGUCUAUCUGGAUCUUAAACGCUGCUCCAGCCUCAAGAAACUGCCAGAUUCGUUGGGCUCACUAGCGAAACUCGAGGAGUUGGAUGUGAGUUGUGACUACAAGCACUAUGGACAGUUGAAAGAGCUCCCAGAAAGCUUGGGAAGUCUUACAAGUUUAAGGACUCUCAAAAUAGGAUUCAAUACUAGUUUGACAAGGCUCCCAUCUACUUUCUCAGGUCUUUGCUCCUUGGAGAAAUUGGAUGCAAGAUAUUUUAACCUGCAGGGGAUGAUCCCAGAUGACCUUGAAAUGUUAUCCUCAUUGAGAAGCUUGAAUCUCAGUGGGAACAAAUUCCGAGCCAUGCCUAGUAGCAUGAGGGGCCUUUCUCGAUUAAAUAAGAUGAAUAUAAGUGAUUAUAAGCUGCUAGUAGCUAUCCCUGAGCUCCCCACUAGUUUGGAAUAUCUGUAUGCUAUUGAUUGCGUGAAUCUGCAAAGCAUACCCAAGCUAUCUAAACUUUCUAAAUUACAACAUCUGGAUGCUAGUAGUUGUGUGAAUCUGCAAAGCAUACCCAAGCUAUCUCACCUUUCUAAAUUAGAAGCACUGUACAUAGAUAAUUGUGAGCAAUUGGUAACUAUCCCUGAGCUUCCAACCAGUUUGAGGGAUAUGGGUGCUUGGGACUGCAAAAGUAUACAAACCUUGCCCAAGCUAUCUCACCUUUCUAAACUAGUAGAGCUGCGAUUAAGUCUUGGUAAUCAUCUAGUUGAUUUCCCUGAUCUUCCCACCAACUUGUUAUAUCUGGAUGCUUCCAGAUGGAAAAGCUUGCAAACUUUACCCAAGCUAUCUCACCUUCCUAAGUUAAUGAGUUUAACUGUUAAAGAUUGUGGCAAGCUGUUAGCUAUCGAGGAUCUUCCGACCACUUUGAGGACUUUAGAUGCUUCCAACUGCCCAUUGCUGCAAAUCAUACCAAACCUCUCUCACCUUUCUCGACUUGAUGAUGAAACUCAUAAACUGUAAGAGACUGGGUGAGAUACAUGGCCUCAGUGGGUUGAAAUCCUUGAAUACAUUGUACUUGAUUGGUUGCAACCCUCAGGCAUGGAGGCCACCAAAGGAAAUAAUUACAAGCUUGAGAUGGUUAAGAGUUACUGGAAGCAAGGUUCCAAAUUGGUUCAGGAUAUCGAGAAUCCAGAUUGGUACAGGAAGCAAACUGUGUCGUGCAUAGUGCCUCUGAAAAAGGCCUUCAUAUUAGAGAAAUGGUGUGCCUUGUUGUUCAUUCCCAUGAUGUUGGUUGCACUCACUCGCCGCAUGAUGUUAAGAUAUCUCUCAAGAGGGAAGGUAUGGUACUUUAUAUAAGUUCGUUAUCAGUUGAUACAGGGAAACCACGAAAAUAUUAUUAUUUUUUUCCUUAUUCGAGCUAGCUGGAAUAGUGUGAGUCGAGUGGACCAUAUGGUAGGGGGGAGAUCAAAUUGAACUCGUUUGUGAAAUUGAAGCCACAAAUGAAUUAGGGCCAUCGAUGACAUCGCCGAGCAUUCUUUUGAAGGCGGCAGGGAUCCAUUUUAUAUACAAACCAGAAGACACCGAGGAUUCCAUUUUUGAAAAACUGGCUGAUUUCUUCAAUUCAUUGUAUCUUCGAUGAAAAUUUGCAGCCUCAGCAUUUCAUAAGCUGCAAAUUCAUGGCUUCUUACCAUAUGAAUUUGGCUUCUUGAGCCAUUUGAUGGCUUGUUCAAGCCUCAAAGCUGCAACUCUAGGCAAGUAAAUUCACAUACAGGUGAUCUUCUCUACUUCUAGUUCAAACCCCUUUGUCCAAAAAGCCAUGCUUGAUUUAUACUGCAAAAUUCGGGAGAACGCAAAUUGUGUUUUUUAUGAAUUUCCAAGAUGUGAUAUUGUGCUAUAUAAUGCCAUGAUCGUGGAGUUUUUGAACUUCGUUCAUGGAGAUAUAACUGUUCUACUCUUUGGGCUCUAAGGAUUGUGCUAAGAGAAUCAGGGGAACUGGUUCAGGGUUUUUU